ACAGUGACGUCGUUGAAAGCCGAAAUCAUUCCCGCUUUUCUCUGCUCACAAUUCAUAGAGAUUUCAUUCUUAUCGCAAGCAUUUUGAACUUUGGAAUCUAUUUCAUUCGUUUUAUUCGCCUUAACUUGUCAAGUACAAAUUGUGAAAAAUUUUCCCUUUCUUCAAUUAUUUAACAAAAAAAUUCAAAAAUGUCUGAACCAAUUCGUGUUGUUGUAACUGGUGCUGCUGGUCAGAUCGCAUAUUCACUUCUUUACAUGAUUGCAAAUGGAGAAGUUUUCGGAAAAGACCAGAAACUUGUGUUGACACUUCUUGACAUCCCACCAAUGAUGGGAGUUCUUGAAGGUGUUCUUAUGGAAUUGUACGAUUGUGCUUUUCCUUUGUUGAGUCAAGUGAUUCCAACCGCCGACCCAGCUGUUGCUUUCAAAGACGUUUCUGCAGCUUUCUUAGUUGGUGCAAUGCCACGACGUGAAGGAAUGGAACGUAAAGAUUUAUUGUCAGCUAACGUGAAGAUCUUCAAGGUACAAGGCGAAGCACUUAACGCACAUGCGAAAAAAGACGUCAAGGUUUUAGUCGUUGGAAAUCCAGCUAAUACAAAUGCGCUUAUAUGUUCUCACUACGCACCUUCAAUUCCACGAGAAAACUUCACUGCAAUGACACGUCUUGAUCAAAAUCGUGCUCGUGCUCAAAUUGCAUUGCCUACUCAAUUCCCUGAUGUUGCAAGUGGUACGGCAAACGGCAAGCCAGUAACUGAUCUCGUUGAAGCAUCGUACUUACAAAGUGACUUCGUCACAACUGUCCAAAAGCGUGGAGCUUCUGUUAUUGCUGCUCGCAAGAUGAGCUCAGCUAUGAGUGCAGCAAAAGCUGCUGCUGAUCAUGUUCGUGACUGGUGGCAAGGAACUGCAGCUGGAACAUUUGUUUCAAUGGGUGUCGUUUCUGAUGGAAGCUACAACAUCCCAAAAGACAUUGUCUUCUCGUUCCCAGUUGAGAUUAAAGACAAGAAAUGGAAAAUAGUACAAGGAUUGAAACUUGAUGACUUUGCACGUAGCAAGUUGGAAAUCACCACAAAGGAAUUGCUGGAAGAAAAAGAUGAAGCAAUGCAAGUCUGUAAUGCAGAUUGA